AGUAUUCAAGGUUAAAAGUAAUUCAUAGAGAUUUAAAAGCUGGCAACAUACUCCUUGAUGAAAGUAUGAAUCCGAAGAUCUCUGAUUUUGGCAUGGCAAGAAUUUUCAAACAAAAUGAACUAGAAGCAAAUACUAAUAGAAUUGUUGGGACAUAUGGUUACAUGUCUCCUGAGUACGCUAUGGAGGGUGUGUUCUCUAUAAAAUCUGAUGUCUAUAGCUUUGGUGUCUUGAUGCUUGAAAUCGUGAGUGGUAGAAGAAACAACAGCUUCAAUCAGUCUGACCUUGUGCUCAAUCUAGUUGGAUAUGCAUGGGACUUGUGGAAAGAAGAUAAAGGACUUGACCUGCUAGUUGAUCCAACAAUUAGUGAUUCAUUUGUUGCAAAUCAAGUGCUAAGAUGCAUUCAUGUCAGCCUCUUAUGUGUGGAAGAAGGUGCUGUUGAUCGCCCUACCAUGUCAGAUAUGCUAUCUAUGUUGACAAAUGAAAGUACACAAUUGCCUUUGCCUAAAAAACCAGCCUUUUCUAAUGGAAGGAAACCAAUUGGGGCAACUAUUGCUAAGAAAGAAUCUGAAGUUCAUACGGCAAAUGAAAUAUCCAUUUCUGAUAUGGAUCCACGAUAGAGAGAAUGAUUUUCUUUUGUUAUGUUGCAUGUGUAUUAGGUGUGGAGUAACCGUGAUAUGACAAGUAACAGCCAACUGGCUGAGAAAUAGCCAAAAUGUGACUAUCAAGAAAUUCAGGACAAGAAUUAAUUGAGUUUAAGAAUGAGUUG